ACGGAGCGCUGCGCUCUAGCACUUCCGCAAAGAUGGCGGCAGCACGGUCUACUGUCCGUCUUGCGGUGUGGGGUGGACGACUGCGGCGCGGCCUUACUGCCAGCCGACUGGCCGUGCUGAGCCCAGGUCCCUUGGCAGCGGCAGUGACCGGCGUGGUCUUGGCAGGGGCAGGAGCGGCCUGGCAUCACGGCCGUGUGAAUGUCGCGGCGCGCGAAGGCAGCCUCACUGCCUCCGCACAGGAAAACAUUGACCAUGGAGCAGUAGAGAAACUCUCCCUUCGUAAGCAGCGGUUCAUGCAAUUUUCUUCACUGGAACAUGAAGGGGAAUAUUAUAUGACACCACGAGACUUCCUCUUUUCAGUAAUGUUUGAGCAAAUGGAACGUAAAACUUCAGUCAAGAAGCUGGCAAAAAAGGAUAUCGAGGAUGUCCUGGCAGGAAUCCAAAAGGCUGGUUGUGGAUCAACCUUUUUUAGAGACCUUGGCGAUAGAGGGCUGAUUUCUUAUACUGAGUAUCUUUUCUUGCUUACAAUCCUCACUAAACCCCAUACUGGGUUUCAUGUGGCUUUUAAAAUGCUAGAUACAGAUGGCAAUGAGAUGAUGGAGAAAAAGGAGUUUCUUAAGCUGCAGAAGAUCAUAAGUAAACAAGAUGACUUCAAGAUAAUGAAAACUAAUGAAACAGAAUGUCAGGGUCAAACAAUGAAAGAAUCUGAAAUUGACACAACCCUUCAGAUGCGUUUCUUUGGAAAAAGAGGAGAAAGAAAACUUCAUUAUAAAGAAUUCCGAAGAUUUAUGGAAAAUUUACAAACAGAAAUUCAAGAAAUGGAAUUCAUUCAGUUUUCCAAAGGUUUGAAUUUCAUGAGGAAAGAAGACUUUGCAGAGUGGCUACUUUUUUUCACUAACACCGAAAAUAAAGACAUUUAUUGGAAAAAUGUAAGAGAGAAGUUGUCAGCAGGAGAGAGCAUUAGUUUGGAUGAGUUCAAGUCAUUUUGCCAUUUUACAACCCACUUGGAAGACUUUGCUAUUGCCAUGCAAAUGUUUAGCUUAGCUCAUCGACCUGUCAGACUAGAAUUUAAGAGAGCAGUGAAGGUAGCUACAGGACAAGAGCUUUCAAACAAUAUUUUGGACACCGUCUUCAAGAUCUUUGAUUUGGAUGGUGAUGAAUGCCUUAGCCAUGAAGAGUUUCUUGGGGUGUUAAAAAACAGGAUGCAUCGAGGUUUAUGGGUACCACAACAACAGAGUAUACAAGAAUACUGGAAAUGUGUGAAAAAAGAAAGCAUUAAAGGAGUAAAAGAAGUCUGGAGAAAAGCUGGGAAAGGCCUUUUUUAAAAAGAGAUAACACAGAAAUUAUGUUGCUCCAAAUGUCAGGAUCUGAGAUUUUUUUUCCACAGCAUUAGCUGCUUUCCUGAAGUCCUCAUUGAUUUCCUUUGUAAUAUAAAAAUGCUAUGUACCUGCUUUCUGAUUCAAUGAUUUCUUGAUAUGUUUUCAUUAAAAAACAGUGGAAAGAAAGGGAACUACAAUACCAUUUUACAAAAACAAACACUGGAUUCUUUCAGAAGGCCUAAAUUCUAAGUAACAUUUUAUGCUUUGGUAAGACACCUAGUUGCUGAAUUCUUAGAAGUGCCUGAUACACUUUCUGGAAAGGUAGUGCUUGCUUUGGCAGCACAUACACUAAAGUUGGAAGAGCAAACAAAGCACCUGACUCACAGGCCAGUAUCAAUUCCAGAAGUUGUGGUAUUCCUAGUAGGAUAAAUGAAAUUAAAAACUGAUUUCAGAUUUCUUGCAUUGGUAUUAUAGCUAAUAAAUUUCUUGUAUGUUUUAUUUCAGUUAGCUGUAUAUUGUCUUAAAAUAAUAUGUAAAUGUCAGUAAUGAAAUCAAAAUAAAGUGCAUAGAUACAAAAAAUA